GUCGUGCAGCAAAACCGCGUUCUCUCGCUCGUCCCUUUCUGGUCAAAGGUUACUUUAUUGAGAAGGGAAGGAAGUUAGGAAGACAGUGCAGUGUGGGAGUGUGCGUGUGUGUGUGUGGAGCAGUGUCCUUCCUCUUGGCGGAGAGUUAGACAAGUGGAAGUGGAAUUUUCAGGUUUGAGUCAAGUGUUGAACGCUGGAACAGUUGAGAAGGAUUAAGAAAUUCAAACAUUCAGUCGGUUGUAGUGACUGCGUGGGAACGCGCCGGGGAAGUUCCGCUACAGUUCGUGGUGAAGAGCCCAGCCUAUGAUAAGCCUUCUUCUUCGGAUCCCGCCAGCAAUAAUGGCCGGAGUUGGAGGGACAUCCGUGCUUUUCUUGAAGGGAUGAUGGUGAGCUUCUAGAAAAACAUCUCAAGCUUGGAAUAGUGUGGGGGAAAGGGGUUGAAGGUAGCCGUAACGAAUACAAUUUUGAAGAAGUGAUUGGUUUGUGGCCACCGGAAGCGUUUGGGGGUGUUGAAUGGCUGGAAUCGGCCUUAGAUCACGCCAUGAAGGCCUGUUGUGGUUUGAUUUUCCUACUGUUUAUGGAUAGUGAAUGUUUGAAACGUGAUUCGGUGAAUUGAAGCUGCAUGCGCGGUUGUUGGGUGCAAAAGUGAUGGAGACGCAUGGUGCUCAUUACGAAAAUUGAUUGGUUUUACGACAUUUCGACCGAGAAUUAUGUGGAAAGUGUGCUCCUAAGCAGUGGAAUAAUGGGAAAACUUUUCGCAGGAGAGCAGUCUACGUGGGAUUGAUUCGAUCCUAUUCCCAGCUCAGUGAGAAUUUACGCCGUAGGCGAAACCAUUACGAAUAUUAAUGAGUGUGUAUUUAAAUCAAAUUAGUAAUAAUUAGUGGAUCCUGCUCGAGAAGAUUGUGAGUCUAUUAGGAAUCAACCAAGCGGAUGAUUAGUGCAUAGUGUAACUAGAAACAGCCAUUGUACAACAUAACGUAUAACGAAUUCCUAUCAAGUGCAUCAUUAUAUUAAACCUGCAAAUCAUUAAGAGAAUAUAAAAGUCAGUACAUAGUGUUAGGAGAACUAGUUCUAAGUGAAAUUGAGCUCAUUAAAAAUCGCAGGAGGGGCAUAAAUAGUCCAACUGCGAGUAGGUUACAUAACUAGUAAGCAGAAAAAAAAACGCGAAGUGUUACCCAUUGAAUGUCUAUCCGGAAAGUUGAAGUGUGUCCUCCUGGUGCAACACGCCUACCCCAAAGGGUGUUCCGUUCGCUUGUUCGUCCGUCCUAGUAAGCGGAUAAGGGCAGGUUCACAUAACGAUUAAUUGGAUUAAAAAUUGUACCGCGCCGACAGUUGAGUGCGGGAAUGUGAAACAGUGUCAAACGAAGUGAAUCUUGGUGGAAGAGACAGAUAACAACCCGCCCUUCUCCUUCCCCGGUCGUCGUCGUUUCGAAGGGAACCAAAAAAAAAAAAAAAAAGAACGUGAGGAAAGGUACAAAAGGACUGGAGGACUAUUUCUGUUUUGUCACCCUAUGGAUGGUUCCUGUUUGAUGGCUGUUGUACAACAUUAGUAAAGAUCCCCGGAGGGAUUCGUGUCCGGAGCAACAUGAAUGGCACCAGUGUUGCCAGCCGCCGCAGCAGCAGUAGAUGUCAUCGCUAAUUGCCCGUGACGAUUCGCUGCUGAUCCCCAGGCUAGGCGGAAACGGAAAGGAGCAAGAGCAAGAGAUUAGUGACGAGCGUUGAGUGGGCCGGCUCCCAAGCCGAGUGAAGGAAGGCGGUAGAAAACGACGGCGUGGGUGCAUUGUAGUUGAGUCGGUUUUGGGAAGUGUCCGAAAAUCAGAAGAAAGUAAGCUUGCAGUAAUUAAGUAAGCUCACCGCGUGUGAGGGUGUGUGUGUGUGUGCGAUUCUCAGCAGCCCAUAGCUAUAGCUCGAGAGCAGUUUAUUCCGGUGGUCAACAAUGAAACUGAGUGUCAGUGCCUAUCGAGCCCAUGCAUCAGCACACAAGAAGAUCCUCUCCAGCAGCAACUACCAGACGCAGUUCAACUACGGAAGCACGGCGGCCGCCUCCGGUUCCACACCGACGUCGUCGGCUCUGUUUUCAAUGGACCCAGCCAACCCGAACUCGGCGCUGAUACCGACAUGUGCGACGAUUUCCACCGGCACCAGUGUCGCCAGUCCCAGUUCGGCCAUAGCAACCAUAGGAGGAGGCGGCGUCGGAGGCGUCGGUGGCAUUGGGGGUACAUCUUCGGCCAUGGUCCCCGUCGGAAACCACCCAUCGACGCUGCUCAGCCCGACGCUCCUGUCGCCGGGGACCAACACCGGAACGGCUUCGAUUGCCACCUCCCGGGAUGACGAGGACGAUUCCAGCCAACAGAUCUCGUCCGCUGGCAGCAAAAGCUCCGGCCAGCGUAAACGCAGCUCGUUUGGAAUGUUGUGGCGCCCAGGAGAGCGGGAAAACAUGAGCCACAAGGCGGAUCAGGCAGAACAGGACGGGACCAAAUCGAACCAGCGCUGGAUGAAGCUCCGCACGACGGUGCAGAUCUCGUCGGCAAUAAACAAGAAGCCACCACUCAAACGAGAGGAUUCCUUCAUGAAGCGAUUCUCCACUCGGCAGAUACCGGAGACGCAGGAAACGGUCGAGGAUACCGGCUCGGAGGGUGCAGCCGACCCAGACAAAACGGCACGCCGCCGGCGGCGUCUCAAGAUCCCAAAAUCCGUCGUCAAUCCGGACGAAAACUUCUACUUCUACUGGCUGAUGGUGGUGACCAUUGGGAUCCUGUACAACCUGUGGACGCUGAUCGUGCGCCAGAGCUUUCCGGAACUGCAGUCGAACGCGUUCCGAUUUUGGCUGAGCUGUGAUUGUAUUACCGAUGUCGUUUUUAUACUAGACGUAGUUGUCCAGCUGCGGACGGGCUAUCUCGAACAGGGACUGAUGGUCUAUGACUCGCGGAAACUGGCGGGCCACUACCUUCAUUCGAGUGAAUUUCUCCUAGAUUUAGCAACUUUAGUACCUUUAGAUAUCUUACAAAUUCGCCUCGGUACACAGCCCUUGCUGCGAUUUCCUCGCUUUUUUAAGGUUUAUCGUGCAAUAAAGUAUUACUACAUCGUCGAGAGCCGAACGGUUUGGCCCAAUCUGUGGCGGGUCGUAAACUUGAUUCACAUUCUGCUCAUCCUGGCACACUGGUUCGGGUGCUUCUACUUUCUGCUCUCCGAGGCGGAAGGCUUUCAGGGAGACUGGGUCUACCCGUAUCGGCCGGGAGACUAUGCUACGCUUACCAGGAAGUACCUCGGCAGUUUGUACUGGUCGACGCUGACACUGACGACAAUCGGAGAUCUGCCGACGCCGGAAACCAAUGCUGAAUACGUCUUCACGAUCGUCAGCUAUCUGAUCGGUGUGUUCAUCUUUGCCACCAUCGUCGGUCAGGUGGGCAACGUGAUAACCAAUCGCAACGCCAACCGGCUCGAAUUCGAACGGCUGCUGGACGGUGCCAAAACGUACAUGCGUCACCAUAAGGUUCCCGGUGGCAUGAAGCGUCGAGUACUGCGGUGGUACGACUACAGUUGGUCCCGCGGUCGGAUACAGGGUGGCGGCGAUAUCAAUACAGCGCUCGGUCUGCUGCCGGACAAACUCAAGACCGAAUUGGCGUUGCACGUGAACCUGAGUGUGCUCAAAAAGGUUACCAUAUUCCAAGAGUGCCAGCCGGAGUUUCUGCACGAUCUGGUGCUCAAGAUGAAGGCCUACAUUUUUACGCCGGGGGACUCAAUCUGCCGGAAGGGCGAGGUUGCUCGGGAGAUGUUCAUCAUUGCCGAUGGCAUCCUGGAGGUGCUGAGCGAGACGGGUAAGGUGCUGACCACGAUGAAGGCGGGUGAUUUUUUCGGUGAAAUAGGAAUACUGAAUCUGGACGGGUUGAACAAGCGAACGGCCGACGUCCGUUCGGUGGGCUACUCGGAGUUGUUCUCGCUCUCGCGCGAGGACGUCCUGACGGCGAUGAAGGAUUAUCCCGAAGCACAAGAGAUCCUCCAGACGCUGGGACGCAAAAGACUGAUGGAGGUGCGCUGCGUGAAUAAGAAGCACGCCAGCAAACAUGCCGCCAAGGAACACCACCACGGCAGUGAACAUAGCUCAAACGUACACAACAACAACAACAACAACAACAACAACAACAACAAUAACAACAAUAAUCAAGGUGAUAGUAGUGAUAAUAGUGCCUCAAAACGUAUCGUAGAUAAGCUAAAAAGUGAUGUUAAGGGAUUGAAGAACGCGCUGCGAAAGUCAAGAACGGGAACAACUAGACGUAGUAACGAAUCGAUCGAGAUGCAGCCGUUGCAGGGCAACGCCAGCGGAGGCAGUGGUGGAAGUGGCAGUAAAACGCCCAAAACCGUACUCCGCCGGAUGGCCCGGGUAAAGUCGGACGAUAUCCACACCGAGGACGAGGGCAAAGAUACCGACAAAGUGCCAAGUCCGAUCGGCGCAGGGCUUCCACUGUUGCAGCGGUUGCGGCUCCUCAAGGAGAAACAAGACCGCGAAGAGCGUGCCGCGAAAGCGUCCGCCAGCGCAACUACCACCUCCACCACAACAACCGCACAAAUAAUCUCACCGCCGCAUACUCACGUAACCUCUGCCAUAUCACCGCAGGAAUCGAUACAGGAAGAACCGGAACCGGAAAUGAUCGGGGCCGGUUUGCCAUUGUUCCAGCGGCUGCGGAUGCUCAAGGCCAAGGAGGAACGCCUGGCCAAGGAAGCGCAAGCGAAGCUUCAAGUGACAUCGAACCAGACAUCCAGUUCGCCUUCGCUAAUCCAGAGCCUGAGCCCGACGUCACCGACUCAGCUGAAGGCACCACCCAGCCCGAUCCUAAACAUAAUGGGUGCGGCCGGUCAUCACCACCAUCACGGGCGAGGGUCGAUGCGAGUUUCCUUCAAGGAGCGCCUCAAGAGCAUGCAGCGGCAAGAAUCCAAGGCAGAACCCCGGCCUACUCCCGCCAUUCCCGAAGCCACCGAUAUGAACCAACACCUGCUAACGAGUGGACCGGUCAAGACCGGUAAACCAUCUGCGGCUCAAUCGUUGAAAGAUAAAAUACGAUCCCUCGGACAUUUGCAACGGUCCGACGAUCAGCUUAAACCAUGGUCCAAGCUUAAGUUAGCAACCGUAGUUAGCAUAGGAGGCAGCUAUUCCAGUUUGAACAACAGUAUGAACGAUGAUUUUCCGAUCCUCGAGCAGACAAAGAAAGCCGGAGCACGUCACAAGUCAUCGAUCCCGGCGGAUUUGAACCUUAACUCGCUGGUCUCCACAACUCCUCCACCGAUCUCGUCCGCACCACCGAUCACCAAGCCCAGCAAGCCCAUGUUCCAACCACCGAGCAAAGUGUUCAGCCGUAGUACGUACAUUGAGAAGGCAUGCGUCAGUGAUAGUGAAGUAGUAAGCAAGAAACAACCCCCGCCUCCACCAGCACGUGUACGAAUGAAACCCAAACCGAUCAAACUGAUCACCGAACCCACAAACUACAAAAGCUACAUGUCCAUAGACGACCUCUCGCCUGAAUAUAGCGGCCUUCCGUUUGUCAAGCGCCUCAAAAUAUUAAACGAACGCCAAAAGCUUGCCGAACUCGAGUCGGCAAUGCAAACCCGUAGCCUUAGUCUAGAUUGUACCGAUUCCAACAGCAGCAACGCCGGCUAUGACCUCGCCGAGCAGCUGUCCCGUAGUAGGAGCGAAGGUUCCGGCAUAGGUCUAGUCCGCUCGAAGAGUGCCUCCCCACCGACUUCCACCGUCAGCCACAGCACUCCCCUCAGUCCGGAGUCGAACGAAACGCCCGAAAGGCGCCAGCUGAAGAGCAUUCUCAAAAAGCUGUCCGAAGACAAGCUGGCCCUAGAUCAACGGCAGGGCAUUCCUAAUCGGGACCUGAGGAAGCUGAUGCGAGCCCAAACGGUUGAAGGGUACGUUGCUAGACACAGCAAGUUUGCGAAGAGCGUCACCUUCAAUAGAAACACACUCUCUAGCCCCCCAACCAGUGCUAACGUUUGUGAAUCUAUUGAAGAACGUACUCUUUUUCCCAUCCCUAGCGCACAAAGUACCACCACAACCACCACCACCACAACCGGCACGACGAACUCAACCAGCGACGAAAGCUCGGUAGCCACCGUGGCGGAGAACAAAAACUUCACCGUCUCAAAGGAUCCGUUGUCCGUUGUUGCGGCAGACCACGGGGACAUCGACGAUCAGCAUGCGCUGGUCGUCAGCAAUAACGGGUACUACGAAUCGGGGGUUGACCAACGGUACAUCACCAACGGGGAUCAUCCGCAUCAUCCGGUCGAUGAUUCGCCCUCGAAAGGCUCGCUUUCGGCGUUCGGAGGGCAGAGGAAAAUCAUCAAAGGAUCGCUGGAGGAGCAGGAAUUCUUCGGCGAGGUGCUACUCGGCAUCAAGCAGGUCAUCCAGACGCAUAUGAAGGAGAUACAGGUCAAGUUUCAGGACAAGUUCUUCAAUCUGGAACUGGAGGUCAAGAAGCGGGACGACAUCAUAUCAAAGCUGCAGAAUCGGAUCCAGGAGCUGGAGGAACAGGACCAGUCAUCACCGGUGAUCCUGCGAGGGCCAGAGGAUGGCGACGAUGGUGCACUGGUGGAGCUGCGGCAGUUGCUUCAACAGCAAAAGCAAGGGUCUUCCGGAAGUGGUACGUCAAGGUCUUCCGACGAGUUGCCGUUUAUGCGCGGCGACUCGCUUGACACGAUAUUCGCUUCCUCACCGCACUCGGACUCGGACAGCCCCCGCAGCCAGAAGGUAAGCCGCGCCCGAAAACCCCGUAGCUCACCACGGCAUCGACCGUUGCGUAAUCGUCCCACCUGGGGCGAAAGCACCGAUCAGGACAGCUUCGAACGAAGUGACUCCCCGCCAACGACGGCAUUACCACCUCCUCCACCGCCUCCGUCGACUACUCCCCGGCAAGCUCCACCCAUUCCGCCACGGCGCAUGUCUUCCUCUCCGGGUGGUGGCAGCGUCGGCAGUGGCAGUGGUUCCUUCACGGAGCAACGGGUCCGUGUCCCCUACCGUGACAUUGUGAUAUCGGAACUCACCGGAAACAUCGUCUCGGACAGUGUGAUCGUUAACAUUGAUAACAGCUCCAGCUCGGAUCAGUCCCAGUCGGAGAAUGACAAUAACUAUGAAGAAGAAGAGGAAUGCGAGCAGGAGGAAGAGGGAGCAUGUGAAGCAGAGGAGGAAGAAGAGGAAGAUGAGUUUGCUAGUGAAUCUGGGAAGCUGGUGGAGAAUCAGGGUAGUCUAAGUAGUGCGGAUGAGUUUGCCGAUGACUUCGACGACGACGACGACGAUGAUGACGAUGAGGAAGAGGAGAUGAAUCACAGUGACUGGGAAGUUCGAAUGCUGGCGGCGGAACUGCACAAGCGGGAAAGCGUAAGCACGGACUUCCCCAGCGAUCUGGACGAGAGCGAUGGUUUACUGCGCAGACGACGGAAACGUAGCGAAACGGAUACGGAAGGAAGCGGAGCGGAGCUGGAAGUGCUAAGGCGGCCCCGAGCUUCAAGUCUGGAUCAGCACAACCUGCGGCGAGGGAUGAGCGUAAAUAUGGGAAGCAGCAGUAGCAGCAGCGGCAGCAAAAGACGCGGUUCCGUCUUCAAGGCAAUGAGUUUCGACCGCGAUAAAGAUCGUCUCUGAGAAUUAAGACUCAGAUGUGAUGUGUGCAUGUUCACCAGUAUCACCAAUGUGAUUAUAAUCGAGUGGAGCAAAAGGUAGGGGGGGCGGCAGAGGAAGGCGGAAAACAGGAAGCAAGCAUGACCAAUGUGAAAACGCACUAUAGUUAAAGUUAGCAAGAGGUAGCAACAGUCAACAAACAAGUGAAAGUAAACUACAAGUUAAAACUAGUUUCAAAACUACGAUUAAGUUAGACAGGAAGAGCCUACGAGUAAAAGUUUUAGGGAAUAGCCAAAGCAACCAGAACUAAACAUAGGGUGAUUACGAUAAGUUUUGUUACAACGGUGAACGGAGGAUGGCUUUAUGGUUACAAAACAUGAGACAGAUUUUAUCGCACGUUUUGCACACACAGAAGAUUAGUGAAUACCUAGUAGCAUUUAGUUAAGUUGUUACAAAUUUAGUCAUUUUCAUAUUUAACGAAGAAAUCUAGAAUUGUUACCUUUGUUUUGUAGUCGAAGGGAGAUGCGUAAACACAAAAAAGUUCCAAAGACAGUCGUAAAGGUAAAAUCAAUUUUAAUAAGGAAACCAAAUAUAAAUAGAACAAUCUACUAAACGAAAGCGAAAAUUCGUGGAAGAAAAUGAUAGCAAAAAAUAUGUUUCUCUAGCUACCACAUAUAAUAAAAUCAGAACGGAUUUAAAAGUUUGAUCCAAAUUUUGUACUAAGACCCGUCCAACGAUUUUAUUUUUAGCUGUAUUUUUCGUUGGUCACAAGAUGAUUAAUGAAAUCAGAAAAUAAGCAAUCAUUUCAGAUCUGGAAACACACUUAAACUAUGUCAAUUGGACUGGACAUAUCUGAUGACAACAAUGAUUCACCACUAGGAUGAUUUCAGAAAGUAUAAUUUCAAGAUUCUGAGCUCCAAACCUGAAUAGAGCAUCUGUAGAAAUGUACAACCCUGUUUCGUUUAACACUUCAGUGAUGCGGUGUACUGCUGCUAAGCCAGUAUUUGGUUAAAAAUGUGAUUUUAGGAAGCUCGACGUAUUUUUUUCAGCGGUCCACUUAUUUUAUC